CGCGCAAAUGCUGCGCAGCGUGGACGCUCACAGGCAAACUGCAAUGUUUCUGUUUUCAAUUGAGAUGUUUCUGGUUGCUAGACGACUGAUACAUAGACGCGAAGCAAAGCUCAUGGAUGAAACGGAAGCAGAAAGCCUUGCAGGAUUGUGGUCUUAUUUUAGCUAGCCAAGCAAGGAUACAGUUACUGUUUUUUGUAAUGUUUCCGAAAGAAACUGACUCUCUCUGACUUGGAAAGACAUUUUGCCACAGCUGACAAGCACGACAUGCUUCAUGCUCUUUCAGCAUAGCCUACUGGUGGUGCAUGAUUGCUAAGGUUGCUAAGCUAAUUCUUUCAACAGUUCGUCUUUUCUCAGUGGCCGUGAAAUAUUGAGAACAUUUCGGAAGAUGUUGCUUAGCUCACAAAUUCGACAUUUGUGAAUAUUGCUGUUUUCGAUGUCUUUAGUCGUGCCGACGCUCCGGCAUAGUCAAAUGACUGCUACGUUUGUUCUAAGCAGAAAUAUGAAGCUGAAAUAUGCACAGGGUUUGUCUUUUAUCAAAGAAUGGCACAGAUAAAAGUAGGCCUAACAUACUUAAAAUUCCAAGAGUGUAGGUCUUAAAUAUUCACGUUUCCUUAUUUGUGGAGAAACCAACCAUGUCUUUGGGUGCGAGCGAUUUCCUUACGGAUGAAGAGCUGGACGAGCUGGGUGAGGAUGUUCUCUCCCACGUCACCUAUGUCUCGGACUCAGACAAGAAAGUACGAAGAACGAAGAAGUUGAGCAAACCCCCUCUCUCACCCAGGUCUCCAUACUUGACCAGUGCCAACCUGAACCCCAGGAGGUCGGCGCCGUCUGCUUGGAGAGCAGCACUGAGCCAGUCCCCGAUGAAGGUGGACUAUGAGCUUUCCCAGAGCAGGGCGGCCAUGUCUGCCAGCACCCCAGCGUAUCUAAUGGAAGCCUUUGGCAUGAAGAAGCCCAAACACUCCCGGUCCGCCUCCAAUGGUUACAUCCCUGGUACCCCCGAAUUCAAGGAGAAGGAAGACAUGUAUGAUGAGAUCCUUGAGCUCAAGAAGACCCUACAGAGUCAGAAGGCCGACGGCGAUCGGAUGAAAGCAAAACUGCGUCGCCUGGAGGAGGACAACACCAAGAAGGAGAAGCAGAUCGAACAGCUCCUGGAUCCCACCAAAGGCCCUGAGUACACAAGGAGUCUGGUGGACAAGAAGACGGACGGCAAAUCGGUGGUGCAUGGCCUGAAACAGAAGAUCCUGAGACUGGAACAACAGUGCAGGGAGCGGGAGGCAGCGCUGAGUAAACUGCAGAGCGAAUUAAGAACAACAAACAUGGAGGAAAUGAAGGUCACCAUGGAGACGUACUAUGAGGAGGUUCAGAGGCUCAGGGAUUUGCUUGAGUCUGCAGAGAAAAGUAAUAAGAUGGAGAGCACAGAGAACCGGAGGCAGCAGAAGGUUCUCCGGGCGACGGUGCUCAAGCUGACGGACAACAUGAAACAGCUGGAUGAGGAGAACGCCAGGCUCAAACAGGAAGCAGACCAGGAGGUCAGCAUCGUCACAGAGAGCCUAGCCAACAGAGCCAAAGGUUAUAUUGAGUGGAGCAAACAGAGGCUGGUGAGACGCUUACUGGGCCUGGAGAGGAGGCUGGAGGACGUGAGAAAUCGCCACACGGCUAAAGACUCUACCGCAGAGGAUUCCCGUCUCAUCACCACGGCAACGAGGCCCGAGGCUGCGGCCACGGCAACGCCGGCGCGUGAGACCGUGUCCGUAUCCACAGAGACGGACGGGAGCCAGGGCGGAGACGGCGAGCUGCGUCAGGAGUGUGUGCGUCUGAAGGGCGUGGCCCGGAGACUCAGAGAGGAGAGGAGCGCUCUUCAGGAGAGCGUCGCCAAGAAAGAUGAGGAACUGAAUCACAUGUCUGCAGAGAAGAACGAGGCUGUGAAGGAAGCAGAGACGAUCCUGAGUGAACGAACAGCUGAGCAUGAAGGACAAGCACAGCACUUGAGAGAGGAGAUUCUAAACCUGUCUGCUAAAAUCACAGACCUGCAGAACCACCUAGAGCAAGAAAGGAAACUGCGACUGGUCCAGGGCAAAAGUCAGAUGCAGGAAAACCCUUCAUCACAGGGUCCAUCAUCAUCAUCAUCAUCAGCAGCAGCUGUUAAUGGUGAAGAACAGUGCAGGAAGGAGCAGGCUGCAAGAACCAUUCAAACACACUGGCACGCACAUCGAAUCAGGGAUAUUGUCUUAAUCCAGUCGGCACUGAAAGGUCACCUCAGCAGACAGAAGCAGCUACUCACUCUCAGGAAACAGGCUAGCACUACUCACAGCAAUAACGCACAGAGCAUCCAAUCACUGGGCGGCCCUGCGGUUCCGCGUCCCAGUGCGAGUCGUGAGGGUUUGGAGGCGGAGGAAAUCACACUGCUGCAGUCCGUGUUCCGAGGUCAUCUGAGGCGCCGCGCUCUCAUAGAUGACAGGGCAGCUGCAGGGAGAGAAUCAGGAGAUUUUGCUGCAGUGAAGGGGACCCCUGCAUCUUCAGCGUCAUGUCUGCCAGCAGCACCUGAAGGAGCAGCACCCACACCCUCACCAGCACCAUCAGGCAUACACACACCAGCAUCCCAGCUCCGCUCUAGACCCAGGCCUGAAGGCAGUGAGGAUGAGGAGAUACAGGAAGAGAUUGCAGAAGGAGAUGCUGAGGAAGGCUACAACUCCCACAAUGCCUCAACCAAACCAUCUGAAAUCCCAGUGAAGUUGGACCACCAUCAAGCUGGGGCUAGCUGUGACUCGGACGACUCUGAUGACAUCAUCGUGUCCCCCUCACGUCCAAUGGGAAGGAGGAUGUCUCUUUUCUUCUGAUGGACUUCUGAAGUGUGUAAAUUAGUCCCAAUGAGUAAACUCUCAUGACAACUCGCUAUGGGAUUUUUGUUUUGUUUUAACGUCAUAAAGAACAUGCACUUGGUAGGAAAUAGGAAGACCCUUAAUGGCAGGUCUCUGUCGCUGCCCAAUGUGACCCUAAGUGGAUGUGAGUCGCGCAUGCACGGGCGUGAAAAAGUUUAAAUCCUGACAGGUUGAAUUGUUAACUUUCAGAUCAGCUGGCUCAUUUUAUGCAAGAGCUGACAUUUCUGCGUUGUUUGCCCUCUCUGUGAAAUGUUUGAUUUUAGGCAGCACCAUUAAGGGGCUGUUUUUAAUGUCAAGAAACGGCGCAUCGUAUCAACGACUCGCAUCCACAUCGACUCGGAUCAGGCAGGGACAGUCCCUCUUAAAUGUGUUGCAUUUGUCUGUGCUUGUCCAAUCAGAUUUGUAGCUUGUCUGAUAUGAGUCUGAAUGUUUUGCUGGACAGAUAGUACUGUGUGUGUGUGUGUGUGUGUGUGUGUGUGUGUGUGUG